AUGCCUUGGGAAGAACGAGCUUUCGCAAGGCCGAGUGCGAGGGUGGGGGAUUUGACGGCCGGCGGCGAUCUCUACUGCGGUGUAAAAGUUGGGCGCAGGGGCCAGGGCCGAGGGGCUUUUAGCGCCACAAAACUUAUCGAUUGCAGGGUGAUUAUCGUUGGUGUUGGACGAGUCAAGCUAAUCGCUGCUCAUACGUUGUAUUUGGCAAACAUUGACCUUGUUGCUUUGGAAAGGAACGGUGAUGUAGACGCCGAUGUUGGGGCGAGCCUUGCGCUUGGGGCUGGAAGCAUGCGAUUCAUGCAACAGCUAGGCCUGCUCGACAGGUUGUUGUCGGAUGGGGAGAAAUUGAAGAGGAGCAAACCUUUCACCAAGGAUGGCAAAAUAUUCGCAGAAGGUACAUCAGCUAAUAUUACCUUUGGCCCUGAACUUGUCGCGUUCCGUCGAGCCAACUGUGUUCGAGCUUUGCUAGAAAGUUUGCUAAAGAGCGUAAUAGAAAAUGCUUCCUUGAACCAGGAACCGACCUUCUCAGCGAGUUACCAAUGCCGGUGGUUAAACAUCCCACGACUAUGUGUAGCUGAGCAAGCAUUCGAUACCCAGAGCAAAAAUCGAUUCAUUAUGUGGAUUGUCGACCGUGAAAAGAUGGAUGAACUUGCAGCUAGUCUCGUGGACUGGCCAGUAACUGAGAGCCCAAAGGCCAAGGACCUCUAUAAAAGUGCAACAGCAGGUAUUCCGAACUUGGAAGAGGGCAAACUUGAGCGCUGGAGCCUGGGACGGAUCGUGCUGGCCGGCGAUACUUGUCACAAUUCCACGCCUAACGCAGGUCUCAGCUACACGAAUGGGAUUCAAGACAUAGCCUUGCUCUACAACCUACUCCGCAACGCUGUCAAAUCCAGUUUAGACUCCGAGACUAGCGAGCAUGAUCUUGGAGAGAUUUUCGAGGGAUGCCAGACUAUUGUGCAGAACCAUGGUGUUAACUCACGGAUAAAGCAAAGUAGGAUCCUCAGCUACGUCUUUGGUAAAGACCACAUCAGGGGCCCCAUUCUAUGGAUGUGUCUAAUCCGUCCUAAACGGUAG